GUAUCCACGGCGUGACCGCUUCGAUAAGACUGCCCUACCCGUUCAACACAGUUAUAUCACUACACACCAGCAUGCCCGAGGAUUUCACUCUGGGUGUGUAGCUUUACAGUUCGACAAUACAACAUACACACUAUACAUACUGUGUGGAGGAGCUGACACCUGAGAGAAGGGAUCAUGUGGCUGCCUAUGAUUGGAAUGACCGCCCUGCCACACCUGGGAGGGCUCUAUGGUGGUUACAUUACACGCAAAGAGGUGAAGACCUGGUACACAACCCUGCAGAAACCAUCAUGGCGCCCACCGAAUGCAGCAUUCCCUGUGGUGUGGACGUGUCUGUACACAGGCAUGGGGUAUGGCUCCUACCUGGUGUGGAAAGAGCUGGGAGGUUUCACUGAGGAUGCAGUGGUUCCACUGGGACUUUAUGGGCUACAGCUAGCUCUGAACUGGGCCUGGACUCCUAUUUUCUUUGGUGCACACAAGCUGAAAUGGGCGCUCUUUGAGAUUGUGCUUCUCACUGGGACUGUCGGAGCCACUAUGGUGUCUUGGUAUCCCGUCAACCGCACCGCCACUCUGCUCAUGGCGCCCUACCUGGCCUGGCUGUGCCUCGCCACCUCCCUCAACUACUGCAUAUGGAAAGACAACCCUGAAAAGAAAGAAGAGUAGGAGACAGUUCUGUGGGUGCUUUGAAGAGACUACUUAAAUUUUGAAUCAUUACAAAUGACAAUAUUUUGAAAUAACUUUUCUUCCUAUGAAAUUGCAGUAGUUUCACAACUUAGUCCAACUGAUGUCUGAGGAUUGUUCACAUAAAAUCAGCUCGUCAAGGCUGAUGAUGGCUGGUGUCAAAUCAAUGAGGUCCGUUAGAAGUUGUGGUGUUAUUACUCUGUAAGUUAAAUAUUCAACGGUAAAACAACCUGCCUCUAAUUUUCCAUUCAAAGCUCUUUUUAAAAAGCCAGUAUAUCAUUACAAUUUGUCAAUAUACGUAUCAAACACAAAAAUGCAACACAAAUCAGGCUACAUCAUCAAAUUGAAGUCAAACAUAUUUUUCUAAAAUUGUUUUUUUUUUAAGUUGGGAGUAAAACUAAAUGUUUUUGUUUUUAUGAAGACUGUCCCAUGUGUGCAUUUAUGAUGAAGAAAGUUGUGUUGAAGUUACUGAUUUAACUAUAAAAAUAAAAGAUUUCUGUCCAA